AUGCCAGGCGAGGGGCGUGCGGACGCGUUGCGUGCACACAUUGCGAGACCACAUGCCAACAUCGCCGAUGAGAUGGGUGGCGCGAGCAUCCCGCUACUCCGUCGGCCCGGUCAGAUGGUAGCAACAGCAAUAAGAUCCUUGAUUCUGAGCAGUGGCCACUGCCUGAGCAGGAGCAACCCGUAUUACUUCAACAGAGAUGAGCUGAGAAAAGAGGUUGCCAUUAUCUACAAGGAGAGUUGUAGACAAUAA